AUGACUCCACCGGACAGGCCGCCUACUGAGAGCCGCAAGCAAGCCCUGCUUGCGGAAUUUAAGGAUUUGAUUCAGGCCCCCGAACGAGACAGGAUCUCUAUGCGACGCGCAGUGUCGCCUCAGAAGAUACACGGCUCGAUACUCAAGAACCGUGAGCGUGCCUCAUCACACCGAGAUAAAUCGGAGGAUAGACCUCUCGGAAGAGUGCGUUUUGAGCCAGCUUCACAAGACUCGUUGAAGGAAUCUGGGUGCGGGCCGGAAAAGAAAACAGCCAGCUGGUCACUUCGUGGAAAAGUCAAGCCAGACGAACGACAAAUUCGUCGCAGCGGAGGGUAUUCCUCUCAGAUUGUGCAGACUAAGGAUCAUUUUGAGGCCCUCGCGAUAGAAGUCAAGAGCCUCAAAGGAGAAUUAGAGUUGAUGCGAUCUUGCAGAGUGAAUGCUGGCAACAAGGAAGGUAGAUAA